AUGGUCGUGACUCCUUCAACGCUUUGAGGUUCUCCAUACUCAUCAAAAAUAUGCAUUUUCGUGACAGGACACACGCCAAGUAUGAGAAUGCGGACGAGAAGCCACCGGAGGAGGUCGGGCUUCGCGAUCGCCUUGUGCACUUCACAUGGCCAUGGUUCGCGUGCACCAUGUCUACAGGCUCUCUCGCCGUCGUCUUAGGAAACACCCCGAACAAAUUUACCGGCUUGAAGACCAUCGGUAAGGUCGUCUUCAUCGCCGACCUGGUCCUUUUUACCAUUUUCAGCAUUUGCAUGUUUGUGCGAUUCGUCCUGGUUCCUCGCAAAAUAAUCGCAUCGUUGCGUCACUCGGUUGAGGGUCUCUUCUUCGGCACAUACUGGGUUUCGGUGGCCCUCAUACUGAAUUGUACAUACAUAUAUGGCAACCCAUCGACCGGGUCGUGGCUUACAAAAGCCCUCGAAGUCACGUUCUGGAUGUACUGCGCUGCUUCCUUUCUUGUGGGCAUCGUGCAGUAUUCGCUCUUCUUCCGUUUGGAGCGACUAAGCGUAGCCGACGCCGUGCCAGCAUGGAUUUUCCCCAUCUAUCCGCUGCUUGUAGUAGGACCACUGGCUGGGACUAUACUACCGGGUCAGCCUGAGCCUGCGAGUCGAAACAUCUUCAUUGGAGCUGUACUCUUUCAGGGCCUUGCAUGGGCCGUGUCGUUCCUGCUGUACAGCCAUUACAUGCAACGCCUGAUGACGAGCGAGUUACCUUCUCCCACUACGCGGCCGGGCAUGUACGUUUCUGUUGGACCCGCUGGCUACACUGCUGCCGGUCUUCUUGCCCUUGCGAAUCAGGCACCGUCGGUCGUCCCAGCGAAUUACUUCACCAACAUCUCGGUCCCGGAUGGCGAGAUCGUUCGGAUAAUCGGCAUCAUGGCAGGUCUCUUUAUCAUCCUGUUCGCCUACUGGUUCUUCAUGAUAACGACUGUCGCCGUUUUACUUGGGUGUCGCAACAUGUCCUUUUCGCUUAACUGGUGGGCGUUUAUCUUCCCUAAUGCAGGACUUACGCUUGCAACGAUCCAAGCUGGCAAGGUGCUGCAGAGCCAAGGCAUCAAUGGUGUCGCGAGCGCUUUGACGAUUCUGCUAGUCAUUCUGUGGUUUAUGACGGCAUUCUUCUGCAUACGCGCCGUUGUGCUCGGACAAAUCUUGUGGCCGGGUAAGGAUGAAGACAAGACAAUGAAAAGGGUGGCCUGGGGCUGGCAGGGUAACAGGGGAAAUCCAGAGGCUGGUAAGAUCAGACCAUAA